AUGACGGAAAAGUUUGGCCAAUUCGUAGUUCGUGGUGAAGACUGGGUGGAGUUUAUCAACUCUAAAGCCUACCGAAAAUUCCCAAAGCUCUUCGAGUACGAUGAGCUGGACGAUUGUCGGGCGGACUGGGGUGACCAGUUCCGGUACUGUGUCGUGCGGUCCGCACUCAUCCCGUACGAUCCACGGUCCGAGUUGUGGCAGAACUUAACGAAAUUUUCAUCCUCACCACGCCACUACGAUCAUACGAAGGUGGAACGUGGCAUAUGCGUACCGGAGUGUGUAGCAACCAAUCUCACUAGGGGAAUCACCACCAACCCCUCUGUGGAACUGCAGUAUACACGACAACUUCGGCAGUGUGUUAACGAAGAACUCCGAAAGAAAUACGACCUGCAUGUCGACUCGGUCACUAUCCAAUACUGUUAUCACAACAAUGAAGAAGAACUCUUCACAAUCGGGGGAAUCCAGAUUGUGUUUGGUGCGAUCGUCUGUGGUAUUGUAGUGCUCACAGUCGUGUCCUCCCUGUUCGAUCGUCGCAGGCAGGUGGUGGCAUCGUAUCCCGAAAACCACUACACUACUCCUCCCGACGCACGAUGGGGGGAGCUUCUAGUAAGCUUCUCGGUUAUGCGGAACUUCGUGAAACUGUACCAUCCGACUUCCGAUGGCCGCUUCCGAGUCGAUCUGCAGACGAUGGAAGGAUUCCGAGCGAUUCGCAUGUUCCUCAUCGUGUUUCUGCAUACCAGUACGGCCUACAUGAAGCUGCCCCAGCACAAUACCGACUUUCUCGAGGGUUACAAUCACGCUGAGUCACUGAUCGGCUACGUGGCACGCUUUCAGGAUAGUGUUCAGACUUUCUUCCUCAUCAGCGCCAUCCUGUUUACGGUAUCGUUCCUGCGCGAUCGUCAGAAUGGGAUCACCCUUAACGCUGCCUACCUGCUCCGGUGCAUCACAAACCGUCUGUUGCGACUUCUGCCGGCCUAUGUGUUCGUGAUUUUGCUGCAGGUUGCCGCUUUGCCUUACUUUAUGGAAGGGCCAUUUGGAAAGCAAUUCCUCGGGGAAGCGACUGACAAUUGCCUCCGGAAUUGGUGGACUAAUAUACUUUUCAUCAACAACUACGUUGGAGCAGAUCAGCCGUGUCUACUGCAAUCCUGGUACAUUGCAGCGGACACACAGCUGUACAUCUUCUGCCUGCUCACGCUUUCACUCGUCUGGAAGUAUCGUCAGCUCAAGUACUACCUCUUCACGGCGACCAUCGUGUACGGAUUGGUUGCCCCAGCGACCGUUGCCUACUUCCAAAACACGACACCCCUGAUGGAGGUGGAUAUGAAGCAGGUGGACAACUACAUGCGCCUCCAGCCGUACCAGAGCCGGCUUUACUUCCCAUUUCAUCUCAAUCUGGCCGUCUACUUCGGCGGUGUGCUGGUCGGUUCGGCCUACCAUCGCUACCGCACCGACUGGGAGCGGCUCUAUCGAACGUGCGUCUUCAAGCUGGUCGCUGUGCUAGCGUGCACCGUGUAUCUGUUCACCUUCGCGACCAGCUCGUGGUUCGUGGAGAACUAUUCGUCGCUGGACCGGGCGUUGGUGGCCACGUACGCGACCAUCUUCAAGCACAGCUGGGCCACGUUUAAUGCGCUGCUGUUGCUAGUGCUCUUUUCCCUGCCGGCACACCACUGGCUCAAGCAGCUCCUACACCAUCCGGUCGUAUCCUUCGCGGGGCGGCUGUCCUACAGUGUCUAUCUGCUGCACUUCAGCAUGAUUGCGCUGGUGUUCGGGCAGAUACGGCGCCCAGUUGUGAGCAGCGAGUUCAUCGUCUCCACGUACGCCUCGCAGAUCGUACUCUGGACGUACACGUUUUCGCUGGGACUUUGCGUGCUCGUCGAACUACCGGCGCAGAACAUCACAAAACUGCUACUCGCACGCCGUACGAAAUGCAGAGAAUGA